UCAGCUGAUGGAUAUUACGCUUUCAUAUUGCAAGAAUGCAUCUACAGUUACCCUGAUCUCAGUGAUUUGGUGUUCCUUGAGUCAUAUUCCUUCAAUAAAACCGUGCAGCUGCAGUUCAACAGCACUGUGGGAAAGUUUGUGGCAUUUACUGAGAAAGACAUGCAGCAUGCAAAGGCCUGGAAUGAGGAUCCUAACAUCAUGCAGUUAAUGAAAGUGAAUAUGGAACUUUGCAAACAUUAUAUUCAACUUGCUGAUGAAAUUGUCCUUAAUAAAGUGGUGAAACCAAAGGUUAAGCUCAGUUUGGUGAAGUGGGAUCAAGACAAUCACUCCACCAUUUUGAUGUGCAGUGCGUAUGACUUCUACCCUGAGCAAAUCAAAGUGUCCUGGUUGAGAGAUGGUAAACCAAUGACUUCUGACAUGACCUCAACUCUGGAGAUGGCUGAUGGAGACUGGUACUACCAGAUCCACACCCACCUUGAAUACACCCCCAAAUCUGGAGAGACAAUCUCAUGUAUGGUGGAGCACGCCAGCUUGAUUAAACCCCUGAUCUACGACUGGGAUCCGUCUCUUCCUGAGCCUGAGAGGAAUAAGAUCGCUAUCGGAGCUGCAGGAUUGGUGCUGGGAAUCAUCAUAACAACUGCUGGACUCUUUUACUACAAGAAGAAAUCAGCAUUAAUGGGGAUGAGAGCAAUUCCAAUAGAUCAUUCUGUAUUAAUGUAAUUUUAGAUCAAUUACAUGUUUUUUUGUCUUUUACUUUGACAAGGGGGAUCCUGGUGCUACAUGAACUAAUAUAUUUUUUUUUUUUAAACGUUGACUAACAUAAGGUAUGUUAUGUAUGUAGGACCAGACAUAAAUCAACAUUUAGAUGCUUUGAUUGAUUUGAGAGGGGUUUGGACCAUGACCAAGACACCAGAAUCAAACUUGUGUCCCCUGUGUGCAAUCCACUGUGAGAUGUGUCAAAAAAACAUUCAUAUCCCACAAUGCUAUGCUGAAAAAAUGGGAUUUCAUUUGGAAUUUUAAUGUUAAAAGAUAUAUUUUGUAACCGACCUCCACAAACAAACAAUGUUGAUGACUGACACGCCAGCGAUUAAAUGUAACCGACAGUAAUAAAAAUUACCAAUUAUGCAGAAUUUCAGCAAAUGUGCAUAAUGGCCGCUGAGUUGGUAAAUUUACAGACUGACCAGUAAUUCUGCAAAAUUAAAUUUUUUCUCAAAUAAAGCUAAACAUAUAUAAAACAGUGGCAGGCAGUGGCCAGAAUUAAAUCAGUUACAUAACCUAUUAGAUUUUAAAUAACUUACCCAAACAGCACACAAUUCCAGCAGAAGAGAUUUAGCUUCUUGUUUGAUGCUGUCAUCCAGUGGUAUCAUUUAUACUCGCUGGGGCUGAAAAGCUUUCAAAAGCUGUGGCUUUCUCUAUCAAUUCAAGGUGUAAGUCUUACUUUGCUGAUUAACUCCAGCUUUUCUUUAAAAGUUAAUAUUAAAAACGGUGUU